AUGUCUACUUUCUGGUUGCUCAUGGGCUUCUAUGCCGCCCUGACACACCAAUCCGGCUUCAGCAGUCCCAACUAUGUCGUGUCUUACGGACCUGGACAGUACCAGAGUAAUGUGUUGUGGUACGUCGGGGAGACAAAGGAGGUCGUUUACGACAUCAGCGAUGUAGUAGAUGGACUCGAAACAUAUACAAUAGCACUAUGGCAGCAGAGUAUGGCUGGGGGUGGUGCCAACUUAGGGCCGGUGGUGAACAGUGAGCCCUCCUGGUCUUCCUGGGCUGUCAACCUCCCUCCGCUGAUCAUGUUAUCGCACACAGGCAAAGCCGCCACAGAUUCAGAUCAACAUUCUUUUACAUGGACUGUGAACCUGUAUGAGUUUGAUGUCACCUGGUCCAACGUCUUCUUUUUCUGGAUCUUCAAUGGGUCAGCAUCGGACCAGGGCAACAUGGACGGACCCAAUGUGUCAUCGGCGUAUUUCAACAUCACUGCCGACGAUCCACAGACCGUCUCCUCGACAACCUCCUCUGCAACCUCCACUACGAGCACUUCCACACCGGGGACAUCUACACUCACCUCCGCCACCACAUCCGAGUUCGCGGGCAAUAUUGAGCCCACGCAGACAACAGUAGACUCCGCCACCACAGCGCCUACGUCCAAGGCGGCAGAUUCUGGCUCCUCUGACACAGUAAAUGGCGGCGGAAUAUCCACCGGGGCGAGAAUUGGCAUUGGUGUGGGCGUCGGGCUCGUAGGCAUCUCAGCAGUAGUCUGUGCUGGCAUCAUAGUCUGGUAUAAGAGGAAGAAGCGAGGGUCCAGUCAGGAGAACACACACUACGGCGGCUUACACGAGCUACCGACCAGGGUUAUGGGUACGGGAGUGGCGGCCGCUCAGAUCCGGGAGGUCUGGCUCCUCAGGCAAUCAACCAUGGACACCCUGCUGAGCUGA